CUGUCCACCAUUGCCACGAUGAACAGGGCAUUGUCCAGAGGGCUGUGGUGCCACCGGGGAGUACUUUGUGCCCCUACAUAUUGCCAUGUGAUUCGACCCUUUACUUCACUGUCUUGCCUUCGGACUGAGCAGCCUUCAUCCGAGGUAUCAACCGUAUCUCUCAAACAGCCCGCGUCGGAUAGUUCGCCUCACGGCCCAUGGUAUCUACAGGGAGAAACUGCCGUUCCCAAGUCACAGCAAACAUCCCCAACUAAUGCAUUAUUCGAACACUUAUCACAACUAUCCGAUGAGAAAGUUAGAAGCGAGCUGGGAGAGGGGCCCGAGGAUCGCGAUUCCACGCUUUUUCUGCGCCUAUUCCACAACCAGCUGUCAAUAAGUUCGGCGGAGGAGAAGGCGAUAGCCCAAGUCAAUCUAUUCUGCAGUGCUGUUUCCAGACAGCACCCGGGGUAUACAAAACAGGGGCUAUAUACAGCAUUUUUGGAAUGUUCAUGCUUGGGAUACUCGGUGUCUGAUGAUCUAGGAUUCUCGGUCGUUUCAGCUUUGUUGACUCCACGAUCAGGCGGACAAGUGCCAGACUCAGACAAGGAUAUAGCUCUCCGUGUGUUGGAACAUCUCUCUCUUCGGGGCACAGACGUCGUGAAUAUGAAAGUAUUCAACAUGAUAUAUCAAGCAGCUGCGAUUUCACCGUCCCCUACUGGCGCGCUCUCUCGCGUGUCUCGCCUAAUCGAUACCCUUGAUUUACCCUUCGAUCCCUUACAAGCUCGAUCACUUAUGGUAUCGCACUUUCAGCAUGGAGAUUACAAUGGUUUCUGGAAGUUGUGGCGCAAGCUUCCCCUCAAUGGAAGCCCACGCACUGUUGCGGACUACGAAAUGCUGUUUCGGUUGCAUGCUGAUUUGGGAGACAAACUCCGUGCCCGGGACUGUCUAUCAACAUGGGUGCCAAUGAUGAGUAGAGAGCAGCCACCGAUACCCCUUAGGGGAGAACUCUUGGUAGACAUUAAGCAUUGCCUUGUCCUGGCCGACCCUCACAUCGCCCAGAAGGCUGCGGAGGGCUCGACGAGCAUUCUGGUCCGGUUCUGGAACGAAUGCCAAAGUAAGACGCACUGGUCUAAGCCAGCCAAGAGGCCUUGUAAAUAGCAACCACUGUAUUCCACACUGAGUCGGUAUAUAAGCAAUCGCAAAUGAUGCCC